AAUGCAAUUACGGAUCAAACAGUGGCCCCAGGUGGCAGGUGUUCAUCUUCUUCAUCAUCAUCAUUGACAUCGAACCAACACCAUAGAUGGCCGGCGAAAGUGAAACAAGUGUGAGUACCGAAAGUGAGGCAAAGCGACUGGUCGGUACCAAUGACCCGUACGGCGGCGUGAUCGUCCACAUCAAUGAGCCUAUGGACCCUGCUACCUUCCUUUCUCUUAUUACCUCUUCAAUUGCGCAUUGGAAGCUACAGGGCAAGAAGGGUGUUUGGAUCAAGUUGCCUUUAGAUCGAGUCAAUCUUGUCGAAGCAGCAGUGAAGGAAGGAUUCUGGUACCACCAUGCGGAGCCUGAUUAUUUGAUGCUGGUGUAUUGGAUUCCUCAGACCCCUCAUACCCUUCCUGCUAAUGCCACCCACCGAGUAGGAAUUGGCGCAUUUGUCAUCAAUCCUAACAGAGAGGUGCUAGUAGUCCAAGAAAAUAGCGGACUGUUACGGGGGACAGGUGUAUGGAAGUUUCCUACGGGAGUUGUAGAUGAGGGAGAAGAUAUUUGUGCAGCCGCUGUGAGAGAAGUCAAAGAAGAAACGGGAAUUGACUCGGAGUUUGUAGAAAUUCUAGCAUUCAGACAAAGCCACAAGUCAUUUUUUGAGAAGUCAGAUGUAUUUUUUGUGUGCAUGAUGCAACCCCUCUCCUUUGACAUCCAAAAGCAUGAUCAAGAGAUAGAAGCUGCCCAGUGGAUGGCAUUUGAGGAAUAUGCAGCCCAACCAUUUGUCCAGAAAAACGAGCUUCUAAACAACAUCAAUGACAUAUGCAAAGCGAAGAUAGAUGGGCAGUAUUCUGGAUUUUCUCCAGUACCUACAAUGAGUUUUUCUGAUCAGAAGAUGAGCUACUUGUACUUGAAUGGUAAAGCAACCAAGAGAGACAGCAGAGGUUGAUCAUCAGCCCUUGAAAUUCUACUCUAGCAAGCAAGGGAGUUUUUUUUUUGGGUUGUAAUCCAACAAAUUAUUAAACUAUUUGUGUCUUUCAUCUUUCUAAGAGAUACUGAUCGUUCAGAUCAGAUCCAAAAAAAAAGAAAGAUAUACUGAUCAUAACAAUCAGAACUUCUUUGCAUUGUAACAACCAACAUUUGAAGAGAACCAUGGUUUAUUAACCAAUCACCAAAAAGAAA